AAGGGUUGGAGGGUGGUGACAAGCCUUAUCAGGUGAGCUACCUCCUGGGAGCUGUUAGGUGAUUAGCAGAGCUAGUGUUAAGCCUGGUAGUGCCCGGGCAGGACUUCCUGAUAGUGCCCCAAGAGGACUUCCUGGUAGUGCUUCAGCAACACUUUCAGGUAGUCACUGGAAGCGCCUGGGCAGGGCUUCCUGGUAGCGUCUGAGUAGGACUUUCUAGUAACCCCUUGGAAGAACUUCCCGGAAGGGCCCCAGAAGGACUUUAUAGUAGUCCAUGGUAGCACCCGAACAUGACUGACUGGUAGCGCGCCUGGGCACGACUUCCUGGUAGCGCCUGGGCACGACUUCCUGGUAGCGCCUGGGCACGACUUCCUGGUAGCGCCUGGGCACGACUUCCUGGUAGCGCCUGGGCACGACUUCCUGGUAGCGCCUGGGCACGACUUCCUGGUAGCGCCUGGGCACGACUUCCUGGUAGCGCCUGGGCACGACUUCCUGGUAGCGCCUGGGCACGACUUCCUGGUAGCACCUGGACACGACUUUCUGGUAGCACCUGGGCACUACUUCCUGGUGGCGCCUGGACAUACAGAAGCGAAUGUUAAGUUCCCGAGCUGCGGCCUUCAGCGUGGAGGCGCUGCUCACCUGUUCCCCAGAGAGAGAGGCCAGGCAGCAGCAGCAGGGGCAGCAGCAGCAGCAGAGGCAGCAGCAUCAGCACUAUCAGCAGCAUCAGCAGCAUCACCAGCAGGAGCAGAGGCAGCAGCAGCAUCCGCAGGUUCAGCAGCAGCAGCAUCAGCAUCAGCAGCAGCAGCAGCAGCACGCUGGCCAGGGAAGGUCAGCCCAGCUGGUGAGUGAAGCAGGGCACCUCAGGCCCGGCGCGCCACCUGGCAGGAACCACGAGGACUCUACCGCCAUGGUCCACAUGGCGGAAGCGUGCGGGUCGCCCAACUCUUCCCCCAUGCAGCAAGAACCAGAGAACGAGGGCCGGAAGCCAGCGCUGCCUUCCUCAAGGACUGAAGGAGAGACAAGACGGGGAGAGAGAGAGACGGGCGAGACAGCAGCAGCAACAAGUGACGCCCAACUGUCUCAAGUGACGGGUGCUCACGAUGACGGAUAUACCAGCGAGGAAGAGCAGCAGAUCGUCGACGUGGAACACUGCUCCAGUCCCCCUCCUAGCAAUCCUGGGGAAGGCGCCUUAAGAGUACUGUUGUCUCCCACCACCUCAGCUCCACCAGUCUGUCACACUAGUGGCAGACCACCAGGGGAAAUACCCCAGCAUCAUUUCGGAGAGGAUAUUUUCCCUUCGGCGUCGCCUACAGCAGCCACAGAUUGGCAGGUGAUGUCUGGGUCGUGCAGCGUCGGGUGGAGGGGCAAGGGACGGACGGGGGUGAGCAUCGAGCUGCUGCAGCCUGAUCUCUGGACCAGGUUCCACUCCCUCUCCACAGAGAUGAUUAUUACAAAGAACGGCAGGAGGAUGUUCCCCGUGGUGAAGGUGAGACUCGGAGGCCUCCACCCGGAGAAGAACUACAUGGUCUUCCUCGACAUGGUGGCCGUCGACACUCGACGCUACCGCUACGUCUAUCCCAGUUCCAGGUGGAUGGUGGCAGGGACUGGGGAGCCGCUGGGUGACCAUCCACCCUACAUCCACCCAGACUCGCCCGCCACGGGCGUCCACUGGAUGGCUGCCCCGGCCGUCGCCUUCGACAGACUCAAGCUCACCAACAACAAAACGCGGGAAGUUAAGGGCCAGAUAAUCCUUCACUCGAUGCAGAAGUACCGACCGCGGGUGUGGGUGCAGGAGGUGGGCGCGGGGGCGUGUUGGAGCGACCUGCCGCGCCUGGUAGACCUGAGACACGCCCACCACGCCGCCUUCCCUGAGACUACCUUCAUCACUGUCACCGCCUACCAGAACCAGCAGAUAACAAGAUUAAAAAUAGACAGCAAUCCUUUCGCCAAAGGUUUCCGGGACACUUCGAAGCAAAAAGAGCUGGAGAGGCAGCCUGGCCGACUUGGCAGGUGCCAUGAUUCAGUAUCCGUGAAGCCUUCUACUCUGAUGCUGCCCCUAGGAGUGACGCCACCCCAUCACCUCCACUACACCACUUCUUUAGCAGGCUUUUCUCCUCCGUUCUCCCUAGCUGGGCCGGUCUCUCCUCCAGUAUCACCACUCUUCCUUCCUUCACAGUGGUUGUCAGGGGUCCUGGAGGGCAGUGACCACCAACAGCCGUGGAUGCAGGCCUCAUUACCACUUCUGCGAUCUGCUCCCCCUGCCCUUCCGUUCCUUAUACCUCCCUUCCUGCCUGGCAUUCACACACACCUCCCACAUGCACUUGACCUCUCCAAACGCAAGGAUGAUACCUGACCCUGGGCUUCCAAACCAUGUUGAAUUUGGUCGUUGUCCUUAUCAUAUCUUCUGUAAAUAAUGUCUUCCAAAGUUUGUUAAAUUUUCAUCUUAAUGAAUAAAGUUUUUGAUAUAC